AUGGGGAAUAAAAAUAAGAUCACCUUACAUUUUGAUCAUGUGUUUUGGCCAAAUGUUGAGUUAUUGGGUACAGUUGCCUCGACAUCGUAUUCUUGUGGGUAUUUUCUUAAUCUACACAAAGCAACUGGCAACCCUGUUCUUGUUUAUAUGGCUGCUGGGAGAUUCGCUUAUGAUCUUGAGACGCUUUCAAAGGAAGAUGCUACCAAGUUUGCGAUGGUGCAGCUUAAGAAAAUGUUUCCAGAAGCAGCCGAGCCUGUUCAAUAUUUGGUAUCGCAUUGGGGAACGAACCCAAACACCUUCUGGAGUGCAUCUCCUACCAAAAGUAUGCAAUCCAACAUAAUCUUAUUGGCUCCCAAGAUCUCUGCAAGCAUAACGAAUAAUGGGUAUUAA